CCAGAUGUGAAACCAGGAGUCUUCUUCUGUAGCCUAUCCGGUGGCCUGUAAGCAGAGGUGCUGUGGGGGUAACUUCUAAAUGACGUUGUCGUGUAUUUCUCCUCCUCAUAAGAUGGGCAAACUCUCAAGUGCAGCUAUUUCGAACUGAGGACGGACGGAAGUGAAAAUGAAGCUGUUGGUAUGCCUUUUUUGCGUGGUCUUAUUGACCUUCUGCACUGAUGCAAACCCCAUCAUUAAGGAGAGUUUUGCAAAGCAGCUACUCCGCACCAAGAGACAGAAGCCUGGACACCCUGAUGAACCUAUGAGGGAACACAUGCUGCAUAUGCAGAGGCUUGAGCAGAGGGCUCGAGAGACCAGUAUGGAGCAUUGGAUGAACCCUCACUGCUUCCCUCGCUGUGACCGCAACUACGGCUACCCUGUGUAACGGGCCUGUAGUGAUCCACAGGGCGAAGACAGGAAUUCUGGCGACGACAAAGCUGAUAAAGACCAUAAAAUGGAUUGCAAUAAGAACGAAGACUUAGAAAUCCCGAGGAGGUCAAGGACACAAAAUCCACGAAGACACCCACCCAUCGAUAGUGUAGACGCAUUUUAGAUGUCUUAUUUAGGCUAGAUGAAAAAUCUUAUAAUCGGUAGAUUAUUAUUUUUUAUAAAACGAAUUACG